CGGCAACAACAGCGAACGCAAUGAAAAUCGUGAAUCACGACUGAGAUGUCAUGGCGAAGACGAAGCAACACUGCGCCAACUGCUGCUCGAGGUCUUACCUUCUUCCUAACAUACUCGAUAUUCUCGGCGGUGCUGGGCAUGCUGCAGUUCGGCUACAAUACCGGUGUGAUAAAUGCGCCCGAGCGGAAUAUCGAGAACUUCAUGAAGGAUGUGUACAAGGAUCGCUAUGGCGAGGACAUUAGUGAGGAGUUCAUACAGCAGCUGUACUCGGUGGCGGUGUCGAUAUUCGCCAUUGGCGGCAUGUUGGGCGGUUUCAGCGGCGGUUGGAUGGCCAAUCGCUUUGGCAGAAAAGGCGGGUUAUUAUUAAAUAAUGUGCUUGGCAUAUCGGGUGCUUGUCUAAUGGGUUUUACCAAAGUUAGUCAUUCCUAUGAAAUGUUAUUCCUCGGCCGAUUUAUUAUUGGUGUUAAUUGCGGUCUUAAUACAUCGUUGGUGCCAAUGUAUAUCUCCGAAAUAGCGCCACUGAACUUACGCGGUGGAUUAGGUACCGUAAAUCAAUUGGCUGUGACAAUAGGUUUACUACUAUCCCAAGUGCUGGGAAUCGAACAAAUUUUAGGAACUAAUGAAGGCUGGCCAGUUUUACUUGGCCUAGCCAUAUGUCCAGCAAUAUUGCAAUUAAUAUUACUGCCGGUGUGCCCGGAAUCGCCCAGAUAUCUGCUCAUCACGAAACAAUGGGAAGAGGAAGCCAGAAGAGCGCUGCGACGUCUACGCGCCUCGAGUUCGGUGGAGGAAGAUAUCGAGGAGAUGCGCGCUGAAGAGCGCGCUCAACAGUCCGAAAGCCACAUGUCCACCAUGGAACUAAUCUGCUCGCCCACACUGCGGCCGCCAUUGAUAAUCGGCAUUGUGAUGCAGCUGAGUCAACAGUUUAGCGGUAUCAAUGCGGUGCUUUACUACUCAACGUCGUUGUUCAUGAGCUCCGGCUUAACGGAUGAGAGCGCCAAAUUCUCAACGAUAGGCAUUGGCGCAAUAAUGGUGCUGAUGACGCUCAUCGCAAUACCGCUGAUGGAUCGCACUGGUCGUCGAACACUCCAGCUAUACGGUUUAGGUGGCAUGUUCAUAUUCUCGAUAUUCAUAACGAUUUCAUUUUUAAUUAAGGAAAUGAUCGAUUGGAUGUCGUAUCUGUCUGUGGUGUCCACGCUUGGAUUUGUCGUAUUCUUCGCGGUUGGGCCCGGCUCCAUACCAUGGAUGAUCACCGCGGAAUUGUUCUCGCAGGGACCACGACCCAGCGCGAUGGCAAUCGCUGUGCUAGUCAAUUGGAUGGCGAACUUUGUUGUCGGCAUUGGUUUCCAAAGUAUGAGGACUGAAUUGGAGAAUUAUACGUUUUUGCCAUUUAGCGUUUUCUUAGCUAUAUUUUGGAUAUUCACCUAUAAGAAGGUUCCUGAGACUAAGAAUAAGACGUUCGAGGAGAUUUGCGCGCUGUUCCGACACGGAAAUGGAAGGAGUAUGCUAAACUGCACAAAUAGCUUGGAGCCACAAAGUAUGAAUUCUGGCAUCGAACAUGCCGCAUUGAUGGUAUCUGAGGAAAAGACCCAACAUGACUCACCUGCAUCAGAACGCUGUUUAGAAGGCGGCCGAAAUACACUCCAGGGCCGGAGCGGUGCCUCUGCGCCCCAUCACCAUCGUCAGCAAAUACCUGUUUGCCCGAGCAGCGGGCCUUGACUGAGGAACGCCUCACCUCCUGAAACUGCCAGUGUACAUUCAACGAAUGCUGAACAACACCAAUACCAACACUUACAACAGCAUCAGCAUCAGCAACAGCAACAGCCACAACAACAGUCGAAACAUUCACGCCAACAGCAGCAACAGCAACAGCAACAGACACAGCAGCAUCAUCACGUACAUUGUAGCUAUGAUAAGGAUAUUGUAUGUGACGACACGCAAGCGCACCUGCAACAAUUGCAACAGCAACAACAACAGCAUGGCGAUCAAUCACAUAUGCACCAGCCGACUCACUGUCACAGCCACAUUGCUUACGCGGAACCGCUUCAACAGUCCUCCUCUACACCGACGCCACAUCGCCACCAGCAGCAACGCAAGCACAGCCACAGUCAUAGUCCACACCAUAGCCGCCAUACGUCGCCGCACAGCCAUCACUCGCAUAGCCAGCACUCGUCACCGCAUCAAUCGCAUCAUCAUAUGCAUGAAUCCGAUUCACUUACGCGCUCCUCACUCACGCAUCCACCACGUCCCUCGGCCAACACACAAUCCUCAUCCUCCCAUCAACAUCAUCAUCACAAUCAUCGGCGUCGACGAUCACGCCACAGUCAUCAGCAAUACAACGCGGGUGAAAAUAGGAACGCAGUAGAUGCAGGCGGUAGCGCAAACUCAAGCUUACAUGGCGCACACGGUCACAGCCAACAGGGAGAGCAACGCUCCGCGUCGCGACAUCACGGCCACACUCACAGCAGUAGCUGCACAAAGCGGCAUCGAUCGGCUACCGAUAUUUCGAGCACGUCCCUCAAUACUUGCCAUGACCCAGCCUGCGUGGAUCGUGAAGUGCAGGAUAUUCUGGUGCGCAAGACUUGUUGCAACUCAUCUCGUACCGAAUUGGCACAAUAUUUCGCGGAGGAUCUUUAUGGCUCAACACGCCGCCCAUCGUCGUGUUGCACUUCUUCGGAUUAUUGCUAUCAAACAGACUCAACUAGUUUGUAUGGUUCACGUUCAUCGCUUAGUCGUAACAAUUCCAUUAAGUCUGCAUCGGUAGCGUUGCGUAAGCGCCGAUUACACCAGCGACAGCCUAGCUACACCUCAAUAUCUUUGCGCGGCUUAAGUACUGGUCGUAUCAGCAGCCACCCCGGCUCGCUCACUUCUGUUUUUGAUCGUGCCAAGCAAAUGGGUAUCGAUGUCGCUGAUUUGGAAAAACGUGGCAGUGGUGGAAAAAUUGUGGUUUCGCCCUCGAAAGUGACCAUUGAAAGGCAGACUUCAAAGGACGCAUUGAGUAACGAUCUGCCGGGAUAUGCGUGUUCUCCUUCACCGAUUCGCUGGAGCUUCUUAGCAGAUGGUAAAUCGCCCACUGAGCUCGAUCGAUCUGGCGAAGGGGAUAGCAAGGAUCCAUGGGCUUCCGCUGAUGAGCAAACGCGUGAGCCAAAACAACCCAAAUGCGAACAUCGUAGCGAUCAUCGUUCUUACACUAUGCAACACACUAGUCGAAAGUACUCACAUGACGAUCGCCCAAGCACGUCAGCAGCAGCGGCACGAAAAUGUCGCGAGAGCCCUUUUAACUGUGAUUUUGAGGAGUCUUCAACGACGGUGCUUUUCCAUCAGGAGGCCGACUCCUUUAACAAUUGUUGCAACAAUUACAUCCAAUGUAACACCUACCUCGAUCAGGAUCUGCAAAUCACCAGUGAGGACAUACACCAAUACCUCUCCAAAGGCAACCAGCAAUCCAGUGAUGUGCUAAACAACUCGAAAAACUAUCCAUUCCAGCCGAGCAAUGCUUUGGAGUUUCAAUAUAAAAACAACUUCGCCAAUAACAAUACCGGUGCCGCCUCAUCAGAAGGUGGCGACAGUGUACGCGGGUUCGAAGUGUGUUUCCGACGUAAUUCCAGCAAGGAGACAAACCUAAAUCAGAACUCCGGUGCUGGUGGCACCGGUGUUGCGAGUCAAGAUGCAGAACGGCCCGAAUGUGCAGCCUCCUCAUACAGCAGCACACCGCUUUCGCCCACCAACAUCAACCUCUCUUCCAGCACCAACAACAUUAAUAUCGUUUUCGGAAACUACACUGAACGCAACGCCAAUGAAGUAAAAUUUAUCAAUACGACACGCGGCGGUGAUGGAGUCGCGGUCUCAACUGAAGCUCAUCAUAGCGGUUACUUACCAUACACCUACCCAAGCUACGACUACACAAACAUGUCGGCGAACUCACUUUUCGACAAGCCAUUGGGCAUUGGCGAACUACCUAAAGACUUCACACGCACUGCUGGCAGUGCUGCAGAAGUGGAGGAUGGAGCAAUCGGAGGUUGCAUUGGCACUUCAUGCGGCUCGCCAACUGUCACUGCCACAAGCGAAGAGCAACACUCCUCUUUACUACAAUCACCCGUGCUCACAGGUGUCUCAUUCGAGUCGUUUGAUGCUGCAUCCGAUCAUAAUUUGAUCUCCUGCCGUGGAAGCUGUCAAUUUUCGCCAACACCCCUCUCACCAUUAUCGCCCGCUUCACCAGCGUCCUCAGUAUGUCUGUCGGCCUCCAUAAAUCCUGCAGCGGCGUCAUAUGUAAACACACACCACCCACACUUCCACUAUCAGCCGCAUGAAGACGAUCGCCAGCACUCACCCAACCGUGCACGCCGCCAUUAUCACCAUCACGCUCAAUAUCAUCACCAUCAUUUCACCGAAAGCUUUAAAAUCAGUAAUGCACUAAAAAAGGUGCGCAAGCGUGCACGCAAAUACACCGAUUUCCUACGCAAAAAGUGAACAAGCGAUCGAACGAUUCGGCCAUCGGUGUCACCGAAGUGAUGAUGAUCACGAACGAACGGCCAUCGAUCGGAUCGUUUGAUAGAAGUGAACAGCAAACGCAAUUUUUUAUGUGUAUACGUCUCUUUUGUGUAGAUUCUCCAUACUUCGGCAGAAGAUACGUGGUGGUGGCACUCAACCGACGCGCCUUUAGUUUGGACGAAGCUGGCAAUUGAAGCAGCGAAAAACAGCGCAAGAAUGACGAAGCUUUUCACAGUGUUUGGCAAUGGAUGGUGUACUUGUGUGUGUAUAUAGGAUAUUUAGUGAAAAGUGCGAGAGAGGAGAUAACGACUAGAAGCGCGUCCAGCGGCCAAAUCCUAAACACAACUACAACAGCAGAUAUACAUAUGCACGAGUGUAUUAGUAAGAGACAAGCUAUUCAUUCAUCCAACGCAUGUAUUUACAUAAUUACGUAUAAGUAGUAUUUAGUAACAUAACCUCAAAUUGAAGCAAUGCAUUUGAGGUGCACAAUCAAACCUAAAGGUACUCGAUAGUUGAGUCGAGACUAGCGAGCCAUGCGCGUUUAAUGGAACGUUAAUACACACAUGCAUACAUGCGUAUGUGUGUAUGUAUUGUAAUAAGAAAAGACAAAACAUAGAAAACACAUUCAAUCUUGAAAAGCAAUAAAGAGCCAAAAGCUAUAGGUACUAGCGAGUAAUGAGAACAGAAGAUGAGUUAAAGUAUGUCGCAUGCCGAAUCUUCUGGUGAAAAAAAAUAGUCGUAUUAGGAGAAUGUUAAAUCGUUAUAUUGAAAUGUACUAAAUAUUGAAGCAUAAGCGGGCGUAAAUUAUUUACUUUGUUCACUGCCAAAAUAAAAAAUACAUUCAUACAUAUAUUUAGAAACAAAUGUGCGAAUGCAAGCAAAAGCAAAGUGUGGGGAAAUUUCGAUGAGAAAUGCAGAAGUGCGGCUACACCACGACUUAAUGUCAAAUUCAGAAUGCACACGAAUUCAGAGGUGACAUUAGAAGUGCUGUGUGGGUUGGGGGCGUGCCUUGUCACGCGCUACCACUGAGAACAAAGGAAUAAAAUUCAUGCUUACACACACACACACGCGCACAUGUAUUCUUAGUGAUAGCACACAGCAACAGACACUCACAGGCAUCUAAUCACAAAAAGCAGAACCUACGACUGUUUUGAAAACUAAUUUAAAAAAGUAACAAAACCAAAAACAAAAAAAGAACAAUCGAAAAUAUAAAUAAGUAAAAGUAAAUGCGAAAUUGUGACACAACGACUAUUUUAAUUAAUGAUAAAUAAUAUACAUUACAUAAGACAAGCAAAUGAAUACAAAAGAGUAACGUAAAUAAAUUUGUAUUAGGAAAUGAGAGGAAAAAAACAACAAAAACAAACACAAAAAUAUAUAUACAUACAUAUAAAUAAUUAAUUGAAGAAGAGCGUACUUUCCAAUUAUAUCAAAAACAAAAACAAAAAAACAAAAACUAGACAAAAACAAUUUAAAUUAUAUAGCAAAAAGCGCAGAAGGGCAGUUAAGAAAAGAGAAAAAAUAAAAAAUAAAUAAAAACCAAAAACCAGUUGACACACAAAAACAAAGAAUUAAACAACAAAAGCAAGAUUCACUGCAGUAUUCGUAAAAUAUGUUAAAGUGCACAUUGAUUUUAAACUGAACUAAAAAAUUAAGUACUAGAAUCCACCACUCCAAGACCAAUUAAAGCAAACACACACACACACACACUCAUUCGGAAAUACUUAGCCCACAAAGCUUUGCAGAAUUCUGCAGCCCAGCUAAUCACAAGAAACGUACCACUUUGUAUGUCACUGUGGACUAGUGCCUAAGAAGAUCCAUAAAUAAUAUUUUCUAUGUAUACUUUUUUGCGCAUAUCUCAUUUGUCAGCUCCACAAUCCCAUGCAAAUGCAUUCUCCAUGAAAAAUAGUAGUAAAUCCAACUAAUUCAUAAAGAAAAUUGUAGUUUAAGCUUCGGAACAAACAAGAGCAAACACCCCUACAAACACACACAUACACGCGCGCAAUACAGAGAACACAGCUAGGCAUAAGUUCAAUUGAAGCGAAAGCGUAGGCAGGCAACUGAAUGGAGAGCAACAAAUACAUAGUAGUGAUGUAUAGUAACAAAAAAAUGUAAGGCGCAUAAUGAAAGUCAGCAGCGAACCGAUUUGAAAGCUUUGACAGUUAAUCCUCACGAAGUAGUGUCAAACGGUUGAUUCUAUUUUUAAAAUCAACUCUAUUCUGACUAAAGUUGUACGCUAUAAUUUUCAAUAAGCCUAUAGGUGAUUAUUACACACACACAUACAUUUGUAAAAUAUAAAAAUAAAGUAUGAAUAGUUAUUAGAAAGCAAAUCCCGCAAAGUGUGGAGCAAACGGGUAAAACACAUGCAAGGACAUUUAGUGAAGUUGCUCAACUGUUACGGUGAUAAUUACCCCAAACCUGCUAUUUGUGGUUAUUAGCAUACAUGCAUACCAUACAUACAUACACAGAAAUUAUUUACGUUCCUGCAUACAUCAUUCAGCCCAUCAUUCUUAGUUUUGAAAUAUCGAUUUUAUGAAAACCCCAAAAAAAACAUCUUGCCGCAUUUUGGUUGUUAUGGUUAUUUGCGAUUUAAUCUGAAUUUAGGCAACUAAUUAUGAAUUUGGCACUUUUAUAGUAUGCAACGCUGUAGUCCUGCAGCUUGGUUUCCGUGAAGUGCACAGCCACACCAAUUAAAACUAAAAUAAACCAAAUCCUCAACCAAAAUUACCCCUGCAAGAGAAUAUUUCUAGCUGCAUAGAACUGGUGGAAAGCCUUCGAUGCGGACUAACAGGUCACACUCCGAUCAUAUCGUCACUCUCCGCAUAAUCCUAGAACAAAUCAAUGAGUGCCAGUCGGAUAUUCAUGCUUGUUUUAUCGAUUUUAGCACAGCAUUUGACAGCAUCGAUCGAAAUCUAAAUCGAAAAAUUUAUUUGGAUUUCAUUGCGUUCUAGAGACAUACCGGUCAUACGCAAUAAACGACUCUUGGGCGUUGCGCCCAAAAUCUGUUGUAAAACAAGGAUAUCUCAUUUAUCUCUCGCCAUUGUAAUUUCUUGUAGUCCUCGACGUUGUGUUGAAUAAAGCGCUAACAAGUAAACGUGGCGUGCCCUGGAACUUCUAUGAAGACUUAGAAGAGUUGGCGUACGCAGACGACACAGCGCUUUUGUCCGUCAAAGGGUCAGAUCGGCAAACAAAUGUGGACCAGUUCAGCACUGCAGUUGCAAGCGAAGUUGGCCUUAAAAUAAAUGUUAGCAAGACAGAAUUCAUUUCAAAUUGUACGCAAAACGAGGCCCCCGGUUUACUGUGUAUUGAAAAGAGAUCAGUCAUAUGACGGAAUUUUGCUACAGCGGGAGUAAAAUUACACCAGCAUGUGGAGGGAUUGAAGACAUCACACACCGUAAGCUCGUGAAGCGUUUUCCCAGUUGUACAACAUUUGGAUUUCACAUUCCAUAUCAGUCAAAACUAAGCAAGAAAUAUUGAAUUCCCACGUGAAAGCUGUGUUGCUAUGGCUAAGGCUGAAAACAUUCGUUAACGCCUGCUUGCGAAAAAUUUUGAAAAUCUGGCAGCCUCGUGUUAAUUGAAAUCAGGACUUGCUUAAUUCGACCAACGAACUCCCUAUCGAGCUCACCAUCAAACGCAGACGAUUUGAGUGGAUUGGCCACAUUUUGCGCACAGAUGCCGGCGAGGUAUGGAGGCGAGAUACACUAUGGUGAAAUCCACAAGGUCUUAGAAACCGUGGAACACCAAAAGUCACCUAUCGACGCAUGGUGGAUAUGAACUUAUCAAACUCAAAUACAACCUGGAAUUCUUUAAAACAACUUGCCCACAAUCGAAAUGACUUCCACACUUUUGUUCUGGUCCUGCACUCCAAACGGAGUCAAAGGAAGUUAUGUACUUAUAUAAGUAGAUAUUUAUAUUCCACUCAGCUAGUCACAAAAUGCUACCAGAAGACAUUGAGAUCUUUUUAAGAGCAUCAACACUGGAUGGAUAGUAAUUGAAGUUGCAGAGUAGCCGACAAACACAAGUGAUUUUACGAAGCAAACGUAGAAUAAUAAAACAAUGAGUGGAUGAUAAACUUUCCACGGUCCCAGAAUCCUGGCUGCAAUAUGACAAUUAUAUAUAGCGAGGCAUUGGUGUUACUUUUCAACGCGCAUUACUCACGAUUUCCCUAUGACUUACCAAUUUGUUAGGAACGCAGACUCAUAUCCGUCUAAUUUGGCUCCCAGGACACAGGAGUAUAACUGGGAACGAAGAAGCGCACGCAUUAGCAAGAUAGGCUGCGACCUCAUUACUAACAGAACCCGUGCCCUUAUUUGCUAGGGGAUAACACACCGUAAAGGAGAAGCUUAAGAGCGAAGAGCUAAGGGUGAGGGAGGUUGGCUGGCACCAAAUUAUGGGGCUGCGUCAGGCGAAGCCUUUUCUGGGGCGGAUACAAUCAAAAGCGGUUUGGGAAACGCAUGACCGUCUCUAAGAAUAAACUAAGAAUGCUCACGGUCAUUGUCACAGCCCAUUGCAGAUUGCGCAGUCAUCUGCAAAAAAUCGGGUUAUGGUUCACUGACUCUUGUCGUUUCUGUGGCCAAUACCCGGAGACAUCAAAUUUACCUUCUACUUGAAUACAGCGCUUUAGCCCGGAGAAGGUUGAGAUAUCUCGGCAAAUUGUAGAUAGAAGAAGGGCAUAUACGCACAGUCCAACCCAGCUCUGUCUUAAGUUUAAUAAGGGAACUGGCGUGCUAAACUCGUCCAAAAUCGCGUGAGUGGUUAUCGCCCCAAUCGAGAAGAAGAAUCCUUCUCAACUAAAAUAUAACUUUGACAUCGCGAAUGGCAAUCUUUUAAGCCACUGAAAACAUAUUUAUUUAAUUUUUCAUCGCUUGCAAAUCUUCCUCUCUGUAAUUCCUUUCCUAAAUCAGCCCAGGCGUAGAAAGUCAAUGCAAUUUAGGGCCCAAGUUUAGAGUGUGUGAUCAAUGUCUGUGCUAUCUCAAUAUCGCGUAGCUCUUAAGGCGUUCCUUCUAGGUGCGAACGGGCGUAUUAUCUUCCAGAAUUAUCUCUCACUUCUGUGCCGCAGCUUCAGUAAAUUAGCGCAGUGCCCGUCAUUUAUUGUAAUGCUUUUAGACAAGAAAUCAACAAGAAAAUGCUCUCUUUAUCCCAGAAGGUGCUAGCCAGAAUCUUCGAGUAUGACUUUUCCACUUUAGAUUUCUUUUGGUGGCCUUUCUACUUUCUUAUGAGGUUACGGGUAGUCAGAGGCCCGAAAAAAUGAUGAUUUCGAAAAAAUUUUUUCAAAGUUAACAAUAUGGCGGCUUCAGGAAAUAUUUUUCAGAUUUUCGGAAAAAAACCGAGAAUUAAUUGUUAAAAUAAAUCGAAAUUUAAAAAAAAUCCUUCGAUCAGGCACGAGUUUUUUAUGUUUUAAAAAAGCAGUAUAAAUUUUAUUGAAAUGUACCAAGCGGGUUUAAGCUACAGUGAUCACAAGUUCAAAAAACAUAGUUUAGAUAAAAACGCAUUUAAAGUUUUGCUAUCCGCUACGGAGCGCCCGAGCGCCUUUUGUUAAUUGUUGAAUAACUCAAAAAGUAUUUGUCGGAUUCACUUCAAAUUUUCACACAGUAUUUUUAUGAUAUUAUACUUUAAGAAAAUGCAAAAAAAAAACAAUUUUUUGAUAAUUCUGGCUACCCCUAAUCCCUUACGUAGUUAUUGCAUCGACUCUUGCCUGCGCUCCAAAUCAUACUGGCAUAUCACCAGGCGUAUUUGACGGCCACAAAGCGGUUCUAAAUUUUGUCCAAAUCACACUGGUUGCAGUAUUAGACUCACUUAUAUAAAAAGUAGUCGGACACAACUCUAAAUUUGUUGCUAUAAGUGGAGGGUCAAAGCUUUUAUGAGAAACUUUUUUGGUUUUUAUGAGAAGCUUUUGCAUGACAGCAGUAAAGUCGGAGAUGUUUGUCAAUGCCUGCCAAGAAGCGGCUGCUACUGGAAAAAGCAUAUUUCCACUCCACUUACUUUUUUCUUUCAUUUUGAUGUUUAAUGCACUUCUGAUGCCAUUGAGACAAGUAGCGUCCCAAGUAGCGAAAUCCCAUAAAGUGCGCGAGGUUUCAUUUAGAAAAUUUUACACAGAAUCGGGGAAUAUCCACCAACAAAAACAGUGCGUGUACGAGCAAGUGAACGUGAAUUUGAGUAGAUUUUAUGCCUGAAGAUCUGCUUAGCCUAUGCCGUUGCAUCAGCAUCAACCGCUUUCCAAUAGCAGCGCCUCCUACCGAGAAUCACCUCAAUAAAUUAUCAGCUUCGUUUCGAUUCGAAUUCAAAAAUCCAAUUCAAAACUUUUUCUUUUCUACCCGUAAUAGUUUAUGCUCGAUUAUUGCUACUUCUGUUUAUAUGUAUGUAAUUAUGUAUGAAAUUAAUAUUUUUAAGAGAUUGCAAAAAUAUUCUAAAUAACGAUAAUGUGUAUGUAUAUUUAUAAUAAGUAAAUGUGUAGAGAUGUUAGUCAACUUCAGUUGUAAAUCGAUAGGAAUUUGAAAUGAUGCAAUUUUUUAAUACCAAUUCAGCAAAUCAACUGCAGAUAGAUAACGGUAAACGCAAGAAAACAAAACACACAAAACAAAAAAAAAAAAUAAAAAACAAAAAAAGCAAAUGUUAGUGGAAAUAAAAACCACAAA